AUGUUCGCCGGUCUUGGGUACGCUGUGAAUCUCGAUUUUUCAUCGAACGAUAUUAAACAAAUUACACAUGAUUCGUUUAAUGGAUUAACGAAAGUUUCUAGACUCGGAUUGUCUUUCAACCAGAUUGAAAAUUUGGAGACUGGUGCUUUUGUUAAAGCGCCAAUAUCCGAACUAUACUUGAAUAAUAACAAAUUGAGGAAAAUUGAAAAUGGAAUUUUCGACUCGUCCACGAUCUUAAGACUAUAUCUGCAAAAUAAUUCGUUAAGCCAGAUAAAUGGAGCAGAAUUUGCUGGUAUGCAUAGACUAAAAGCUUUGGAUUUGCGGAGUAAUGGAAUCACGAAGAUCGAAAAAGGUUUUGCAAGAUACCUUGGCAACGUGACCGAGUUGUUUCUCUCUGAUAAUCCAAUCGAGAGAUUGGAAAAUGGUGCUUUGUUUGGUUUACCAAUGGAGUACUUGUCGAGAAUUUAUUUGAGCAACGUCCAGCUGGAACUCUUGCAGGGUGAAAUCAACUGCAGUAUGAUCAUUUUUACCAUCUUCCUGGUGCCGAUGGUUCUAGCAGCCCCAGCUGAGCUGACUCAAAACCUCUAUCUUCCUAAAAUUGAAAAUGAUAUACUCAAAAGCAUUGAAGUAACCAGCAAUAAACCCAUUGAUACCUUGGAUCUUUCGGGCUUGGGUUUCGCACACGUCGAUGCAAACAUAUUUGAAAAUCUGACUCACGUCAAGAGCAUAAAUCUUGCAAACAACGGUUUGGUCGCACUGCCUCGACCUAUUUUUUCGAAACUGACAAGCUUGGAGUAUCUCUCUCUAGCAGACAAUGAGAUAACCUACUUUGAACCCGGUCAGUUUAUAGGAUUGAGUAAUUUGAAAUUUCUUAAUAUCUUGAACAACCCCAUCGAAAAAAUAUCUCCUGAGCUGUUUUACGGGCUUGGAAAAUCAACGAAUAUAUUAAUUAAGCUUCAAAAUGGAAUUCCGGUAUUAUACAACUUCGUCUUCAGAGAAUUUAAUGGCCCUUCCCACCGAUCGCAGUUCAGGGUUCGUUAUGGAGUCUCUUAUUCAAACUACCACAAUAUUGAAGGGGUGUGCAUUCGCGACGGAAUCGUAGAAAAGUUAGCCGGCCUAUGGAAUUGGGUACCUCAUUGUAGAGUUGUGCAAAAUAUUACUCGAGAUUUUUCCGCGCAACGUUUGGACUUAAGUAAUUUGGGGAUAUCGAAAUUCGCUCCUGGCUGGCAUGCUCUUGAUGGCUCAUUUUUCAAUGAGAUUUGUCUCAAUAAUAACAAAAUCACAUCCCCAUCGUUGGAUUUCAUUAACGACCUCCCAUCAUUUGUUCGAGGAAUCGAUGUAUCCGAAAACAGAAUGACGAGUUUGAAGAAAGGAAUAAUUGUUAACGACCAUCUCAGAAUUUUAGAUAUAGCAAAUAAUGCUAUUAGCGAAAUUGAAAACGGUGCGUUGGAAAACACAAACCUCACGUCCUUGAAUUUACGUAAUAAUCGGUUGACUAAUACAGAAUUUGCAAAAAGUUUGCCAUCAACGUUAAAGACUUUGACACUCAGUGAUAAUUGCAUCAAUGAAUUAUUACCCAAUACAUUUUCCCAGUUGUCUCAUCUCCAUAAGAUAAGUCUAGAUGGCAACAACAUAACCGUUAUUAAAAAAGAAUCGUUGCGUGGGCUCAACUCCGUAAUCGUAUUGAAUCUCACAAGAAAUAAAAUCGAAAGCAUCGAAAGCGGUGCUUUCCGGCAUUUAACAUCUAUCUACGUUUUGAACCUCGCGAAUAAUAAAUUGACUAAUUUAAAUGAAGGGAUGUUCGAUGGUCUUAGAUAUGUCGUGGAUCUCGAUCUUUCAUCGAACAGUAUUAAACAAAUUGCACAUGAUUCGUUCAAAGGAUUAGUAAAAGCUCAUCGACUUGGGUUAUCUUUCAACCAAAUAGAACAUUUGGAAACUGGUAUUUUUGCUAAAGUUCCGAUAACCGAACUAUACUUGAAUAAUAACAAAUUAAGUAAAAUUGGCAAUGGAGUUUUUGACUGGAGCACCAUCGUAAAACUGUAUCUGCAAAAUAAUUUACUAAGUCAGAUAAAUGUAGCUGAAUUUGCUGGUAUGCAUAAACUAAAAGUUUUGGAUUUGCGGAGUAACGUAGGAAUGAAAGUCGAGGAAGGUUUUGCAAGAAAUCUUGGCAACGUGACCGAGUUGCAUCUCCCCGAGAUGCCAAUUAAGAGACGGGAAUACGUUCGUUCUCAAAUCAACUCCAGAAUGAUCAUUUUUGCCAUCUUCCUGGUGCCGAUGGUUCUAGCGGCCCCAACGGAGCUGCCUCAAAACCUCUAUCUUCCUAAAAUUGAAAAUGGUAUACUCAAAAGCAUUGAAGUAACUGGAAAUGAACCCAUUGAUACUUUGGAUCUCUCGGGCUUGGGUUUCGCACACGUUGAUGCCAACAUAUUCGAAAAUUUGACUCACGUCAAGAGAAUAAAUCUUGCAAAUAACGGUUUGGCCUCACUGCCUCGAACAACUUUUUCAAAUCUGACAAGCUUGGAGCAUCUCUCGCUCGCAGAUAAUGAAAUAACCUCCUUGGAACGCGGUCAGUUCGCAGGAUUGGCUAAUUUGAAAUUCCUCAAUAUAUCGAACAACCCUAUGAAAAGAAUAUUUCCUGGGUUAUUAUACGGGCUUGGAAAAUCAACGAAUAUAUCAGUGAAGCUUCCACAUGGAAUUUUUGUAUUAUACAACUUGGCCUUCAGAGAAUUUAACGAUGUUUAUCCUCCUGAGCAGCCCAUUGUAGAUCGUAAGCCCCCUCGUUCAAAUGACCAUAAUGUUAAGGGAGUAUGCAUUCGCGACGGAAUGGUAGAAAAGUUAGUUGGCCUGUGGAAUUGGGAACCUCAUUGUAGAGUUAUGCAAAAUAUUACUGGAGAUUAUUCCGAGCCAUGUUUGAACUUAACUAAUUUGGGGAUCUCGAAAUUUGCUCCUGGCUGGCAUGCUCUUAAUGGCUCUUAUUACAGCGGGAUUCAUUUCAACAACAACAACAUCACUUCGUCAUCUUUGGAUUUUAUGAACGACCUCCCAUCAUUUGUUCGAGGAAUCGAUUUUUCCAAUAACAAAAUCACGAAUUUGAAGAAAGGAGUAAUUUUUAACAACUAUCUCAUAAAUUUAAUCUUACCGAACAAUUCGAUAAGUGAAAUUGAAAACGGAGCGUUGGAAAACACAAAGCUCAUAAACUUGGAGUUGGAUAAUAAUCGAGUGAAUAAUACACUGUUCGCUAAGACUCUGCCGCCAACGCUCGAGAGUUUAAUACUGAGUGACAACUGUAUCAAUGAGUUAUUACCGAAUUCUUUUUCCCGGUUGUCUCAACUGAUUAAUAUCGAUCUUGACGGUAACAACAUAUCCGUUAUUAGAAAUGAAUCAUUGCGUGGGCUAAAUUCCGUAAAAUUUUUGGAUCUCUCAAGAAAUAAAAUCGAAGCAAUCGAAAGAGGCGCUUUCCGGUAUUUAGCAUCCAUGCACACUUUGAGCCUCGCAAAUAAUAAAUUGACUAAUUUGAAUGAAGGGAUGUUCGAUGGUCUUGAAUAUGUCGUGAAUCUCGAUCUUUCAUCGAACAAUAUUAAACAAAUUACACACGAUUCGUUCAAUGGAUUAGUGAAAGUCUAUCGACUUGCGUUGGCUUUCAACCAGAUUGAAAAUUUGGAGUCUAGUAUUUCUACUAACACGCUGAUAUCCGAAUUAUUCUUGAAUAAUAACAAACUGAGGAAAAUUGCGAAUGGAGUUUUCGACUUGACCACCCUCUCAAAAUUGCAUGUACCCUAUAAUUUGUUAAGCCAGAUAAAUGGAGCAGAGUUUGCUGGUAUGCAUAAACUAGAGGUUUUGGAUUUGCGGAGUAAUGGAAUCACGAAGAUCGAGAAAGGUUUUGCAAGAUACCUUGGCAACGUGACCGAGUUGUUUCUCUCUGAUAAUCCAAUCGAGAGAUUGGAAAAUGGUGCUUUGUUUGGUUUACCAAAGGAGUACUUUUCGAAAAUUUAUUUGAGUAACGUCCAGCUGGAACUCUUGCAGGGUGGUGUGUUUGAAGAUGCGUAA